AUGGGGGAUGCAAACAGUGGUGGCUUAGACAAUAUUGGCGUGGCAAUGUGUGGCCAAGAGCUGGAGCAAAUGUCCAGUGUUGAUCAGGGCAGUCAGUAUAGCCUCUCCGAUGGCAUUCUACCUUCUCUUGGUGCUGCCUCUCGCAACCACCGCAGACCUAAACUACGUCGUUUCAUCAUCUCCCCUUUUAAUCCUCGUUACAAGCUUUGGCAGUCGUUUCUGAUAUUGUGGGUGUUCUACACGGCAUGGGUGUGUCCCUUUGAGUUUGGGUUCCUGGACAGCCCUAGAGGACCUCUGGCUAUUACUGAUAAUGUUGUGAAUGGCCUAUUUGGCAUUGAUAUUAUAUUGACGUUCUUUGUGGCUUACCUUGAUAAAACUACUUAUUUGCUCAUUGAUUCCCCAAAGCUUAUUGCUCUGAGAUAUGCCAAGACCUGGUUGGCCUUUGAUAUCAUCUCCAUCAUCCCUUCAGAAUUUGCUCAGACGGUUUUGCCUCAUCCUCUUGCCAAUUAUGGAUACUUCAAUAUUCUUCGGCUAUGGCGUCUCCGAAGAGUCAGUGCAAUGUUUGCCAGAUUGGAGAAAGACCGGAAUUUUAGCUACUUCUGGGUUCGAUGCAGCAAGCUUGUUUUUGUUACUCUGUUUACCGUUCAUUGUGGAGGCUGCAUCUUCUACUUCAUUGCUGCGAAUUAUCAUGAUCCUAAAAGGACAUGGCUUGGGCUUCUGACAGACAACUUCAAGGAUAUAAGUGUGUGGAACCGGUACGUUACAUCAAUGUACUGGUCCAUAAUCACGCUCACCACCACCGGCUAUGGUGAUUUGCAUCCUGUAAAUUCUCAAGAAAUGAUUUUCGACAUCUUCUAUAUGCUCUUUAAUGUUGGACUGCAAGCUUACCUGAUUGGAAACAUGACCAACUUAAUCGUCCAUGGGACUGCUCGAACUAGACAGUUUAGAGAUAGUAUUCACGCUGCCUCGAGUUUUGCAGUAAGGAACCAAAUACCUGAUCGCCUUCACGAACAGAUGCUUGCACAUUUGUGUUUGAAGUACAGGACUAAUUCAGAAGGGCUGCAGCAGCAAGAGACUCUUGAUGCACUCCCUCACGCUAUUAGAUCAAGUAUCUCACACUAUCUCUUCAAUUCACUAGUUGACAAUGUUUACUUAUUCCAGGGGGUAUCAAGAGACAUGCUUUUCCAACUGGUCGCAGAGAUGAAGGCCGAGUAUUUUCCUCCAAAAGAAGAUGUCAUUUUGCAGAAUGAAGCACCUACUGAUAUGUAUAUCGUGGUAACUGGUUCUGUGGAACUUAUAUUGCAAAAGAAUGGAGUAGAAAUGGUGUUUCGUGAAGCAAAGACAGGAGAUGUUUUUGGUGCCAUAGGUGUUCUGUGUUACAGGCCCCAACUGUUCACAGUUCGGACUAAAGGACUUUGUCAGCUGUUGCGUUUGAACAGGACAAAUUUCUUGAAUAUUGUUCAGGCAAAUGUUGGAGAUGGGACAAUUAUUAUGAGCAAUUUUCUUCACCAUUUGAGAGAUGAGAAGGAUCCCAUAAUGGAAGGAAUUUUAACGGAUGUAGAACAUAUGCUGGCUCGGGGAAAAUCGGGUAUGCCUCUUAGUUUAGGGUUUGCUGCAAAGAGGAGUGAUGAUCUGUUGCUACAUCAACUGCUAAGACGGGGUGCAGAUCCGAAUGAGACAGACCAUAAUGGCCGGACAGCUAUGCACAUUGCAGCAUCAAUUGGAAGCAAGCAUUGUGUAACUUUACUUCUAGAGUACGGAGGUGAUCCUAACAUCAAAGAUUGUGAAGAAAAUGUUCCUCUAUGGGAAGCAAUAAUAGGGAAGCAUGAAUCUUUGAUUAAACUUCUCUUAGAAAAUGGAGCUGAGAUUAGUGCUGGCGGUGUGGGACAUUAUGCUUGUACUGCGGUUGAGCAAAACAGCUUAGAGCUGCUCAAAGACAUUGUCCAAUAUGGUGGUGAUGUUACACUUCCCAAGAGCGAUGGGACUACAGCACUCCAUACAGCAAUAAGCGAUGGAAAUGCUGAGAUAGUUAACUUCCUCUUAGAACAAGGAGCUGAUCCUGAUGAGAGGGAUAGCUAUGGAUGGAGUCCGAGGGCUUUGGCAGAACAUCAGGGACAUGAAGAAAUAAUUGAGCUAUUUCAGAACAAAUCUGGAGUUAAGAAACCGACUACUGCUUCUCAGCCUAACGAUCCACACCAACCACGCCUUGUGAAGUUCCACAGUGAGCCCACAAUACCACCCUAUGUCCGGGAUGGCAGGCCAAACUCACAAACACAGUGGUUUGAUGAUACUCGGAUAAGAAGGGUCAACAACUUUCCCAAUUCGCUAUUUGGGAUCGUGUCAGCUGCCAAUAACGGUGAGAGAGACAAAGACCCUAUCAAACCUGCAGCCAAUUUUGUUCGUGGUGGCCGUAGUAAGAGCAAAUAUCCAGCCAGAGUUACUAUUAGCUGUCAAGAAAAAAGUGGAACUUCUUCAAAGCUUGUGGUUUUGCCAGAGUCCCUUGAACAACUGCUUGAAAUUGGUGCCAAAAAAUUUCAGUUUUGUCCCACUAAAGUUUUAACCACAGAAGGUGCUGAAGUUGAAGAUAUAGAGCUUGUUAGGGAUGGUGAUCAUCUUGUUCUUGUCGGUGAUGGUGAGAUUUGA